ACAGUAAAAUAGUGGGGGAAUGUCAAAACCUAUAUAUUUGUGUUCUGUGGUCAAAACUGUCAGAAGUGUUGUUGAUGUUGAUUUCUUGAAUCUCUUUUCAGUCAUAUUUAUUUUAUUAAAAAAUGUGGUCUGGUUUUAAUAAAUCAAAACACCGUACCGGAAAACAAAACAGAAACAGCAAAACAGCACGCUGUAUAAAAUCGGAACGACAAAUUACAGUAAAAUCAGCACAGUACAAUCCUGUACUAACAGUUGAAAACGGUACAUACCCAGAGAUUGAUGUUAGGUUAAAUAAAUCGAAAGUCCGUGAAAACCGUGAAAGACUAGUCAGAAUUAAAUAGACCAACUAAAUAGAAUUUUAUUUGCGUUCAUAACAAAGCUUCAAUUUAAGCACGAAGCAUUAUACACACUAUCAUGUAUAUUUGUGGUGCUUAAAUUGAACCGCCGAGGUAUAUGUAAUUUUUUUUUGACCAAUUACCAGAAUAUUCUUGGAACAAUUGCAUCAGAACACUAUUGACGACAUAAGACGCAUUUUUGAUAUAAAAGGAAUAUCAAUAUUGUUUUAAUAUUGGGAACCAACUAACAACAAAUUAGUUAAUCGCAAGGCCUUAGAGAAAGACCGAGUUAUGUCAAUAACAAUAAGUAAGACGAAGAAAGCUAUAUCAAAAAAUCAUCAAAGUUUGAUAAAUGCGCGGCAUUUCAACUAAUAGCAGUGAUUUAGCUACCGAACCCUAUAUUUAAUGUAAAAUGUAAAUUCCAUGUAAAUUCAUCUUAACAGGAAAUUUUACGUCAAUGUCAUUUGUCAUUUCUGACAACUGUCAAGACUGAUAAAUAGACAUUCUAAUCAAACAUCAAGAAAUAUUUUAUUUGUUUUUUUGAGGUAAUUAAAGCUGUGGAAAAAUAAAUAGAUAAAUCCAGAAGUACUCAUGUGUGAUAUUAUCCGCAGUAUGUUCCAAGUGUCUACUUGUGGUGUUUAACCUCUUCCACUCCAUCGUAUCCACGUAUGGAUAUUUUUAGAUAUGGCAAUAUUUACCACGAUAUCCGCAUAUGGAUAUUCAUAUAGGGGACAUUAACGCACUGUGUAAAAGUGGUGUAGGCCUCUGUAGUUUAUUGUUCAGCGCGGUAGGACAUGUAUAUCCAUAUGGGGAUAUCAUGUUUAGUCUUUUUUUUUGCAAUUCCUAGAAUAAUGUAAAUGUUUCAAGGUCAACUUUCACUCUGGUGGGAAUCUAACGCACAGGCAAGAUAUUUAUUUAGUGAACUUUUGGGGUUCGCAAAGAGCGCAUCACGUAUUUUUCAUGCUAUUACGUACGCAUAAUUUUCGUUUUAUACUCGUUAUUAGUCAAAAUGGAUUCAGACUACUAUAGAGAAUGAAAGUGAUGUGAGCUAUGAACUGUCUAGUGACUUCGAGAGCUACUCGGAAACCGACUACUCAUCAGAGGAUGAAGAAGAAAUAAUUGACGGUGUUCAGAUGAGCGGCUGGACGACUGUAACGGAUCCAUUUGAGGAUAAGCUGCCAAGUAAUAUACCCGAAUAUUUGACUACGAUUUUCACCCAGCAAUUGACUUUCAAGAGUGCAUGGAAGCUGUAAAUUGUUUUGAAUCGUUUGUAAGUAGAAGUAUUGUAAAGAAGCUACGCGAGUGGACCGAUCAAAGAGCCAAUAUAUAUAUUAAUAAUAAUCCACAUAACGCUAUGAAAGUUUUUGGUUUAACUUAUAAAACAGUCGAAACAGAAGAAAUGUAUGUAUUUAUAGGUAGCGCUGUUUUUUCUUACUGGAUUGACCAAGUGUGUGCAAAUUUCAGAUUAUUGGAGUAAAGAUGAUAUAUGCACUAGUCCUCCAGUGUUUCAUAAAUCUGUUAUGAGCCGAAAUCGCUUUUUAACAAUUCUUAAAUUCCUUAGAUUUUCAACCCCAGAACUUGCCAAAGCUAAUGCACCGCUUAGCAGAUUAGGCAUUUUUAUGGCACUUAUUAAAGAAAACUGUCAAAACUUAGUAGACCCAGGUCCGGUUUUUGCAAUAGAUGAGCAACUUAUGUUAUAUAAGGGCCGACUGCAUUUUCGCCAAUAUAUAAAAUCCAAAAGAAGUCGAUUUGGAAUCAAAAUAUUUUCGUUAUGUCCCAGUAAACCUGAACUUCGAGGAUAUACAUGGAAUUUUUGUAUAUUUAUUGGCAAAUAUAUAUAUGACAUAUCGCACCUUCCAGGAACAGAGAACCUUUCCUUUUCCGAAAAAAUAGUGGUUUACCUUUGUCAAAAUCUCUUGAACAGUAAUCGUGAAGUGAUUGUCGAUAAUUGGUACACAUCAGUUCGCCUUUGUGAAUUUUUAUUGACAAAAAACACUUUUCUUACCGGCACAAUUCGAUCGAAUAGGGGUGUUCCAAAAGAUUUGACAUUGGUUCCUUUAGAAAGGCAACAAUCAUGUUUUGUUCGCAAGGAUAUGCUUCUUCUAGUUCGCUACAAGGACAAGAAAGACGUUUAUCUACUUACCAGUAAACAUACUGCAGGAUUUUGUAAAAAAGAACGAUAUGUUGUGGGAGGAAAUGUUAUCUAUUACAACAAACCAAAACAUAUUGAAUUUUAUAAUCAGAAUAUGGGAUCAGUUGACGCGGUAGACCAAGAUAUUGAACCAUACAGUCCUUUGCGGAAAUCCUACACAUGGUUUACCAAAAUAGGUACGCACCUUCUACAUCUUGUGAUUGAAAUGUUGUUGAACUCUAGAGUAUUUUACAGCCAAGCACAUCAAAACAAAGUUUCAAUGUAUAAAUAUACAAAACUUUGCUGCCGGGGUAUACUUUUGAAAUAUAGCAAAGGUUAUAAAGAAAUGGAUGAUAAAAAAAAUCAACCUACCACUUCAUCUAAGAAACCGUUGCAUGCCAUGGCUGAUUUUCCAAGAGAAGUUGGUAAGAAGAGAGCUCUACGAAAAGUUUGCGUAAUUUAUAAAAGACGUGGAGUGCGGAAACUAACGAGAAAAUGUUGCAUUGCUUGCCCGGACAAACCUGAACUUUGCUCAUCAGAACAUUUUAGAAGUUUUCAUAAAUAAAAAAAUAAUGUUCUUUUUUUGCUUUGUACUAAAUGUAAUGUUAAAAUUAAUAUUAAAAUGUAAGACCCUGUUUAUUUUUUAAAGAAUUGAAAUAUUUUUCUUAGUCAUUAAGAUGAAAUUUAUCGGUCUGACCGAAAAGGGGUCAGGAUAUUUACAAAACUAAAGCUAGCUCAGCGGUACCGUAAGUAACCAUAUAUGGUUUACACUUAGCGUUUCCCCUCGGGAAUUAUUUUUAUGGGUUUCGAUAAAAGAGUGAGAUAAAUAUUUGAUUUAUAAAAUUCAUUUGAGUUUUGGUCACUAAAGAAUGAAGUUAUUUAAUAAAAACAAUAAAGGGUGCUGCGACGUGAAAUAAGCUGUGUUGGUUUGGUGUAGUGUUUUACUACAAGAAAGGGAGUGUUAUCACAGAGCAUGCUUAUUUCUAUCUUAUUGAUUACACCGAUAUUUUACCUUUUUAAUUAAAAAAUUGAUUAAUGACAUAUUUUAAUGACCGUUGUUGUUUGUCUUGCUUGUGUUGUUGUGACGAUUGUUUAUUGUUUCUUGUUAAGAUACUGAGCUGGUCUGGGACCAUUGCACAGCUCGUUGUAUUUAACAAGGCUUUGUAUCUGGAGAGGACCCUCGCGUUUUGGUGUCCAUUGCACCCCUCAGUACAAAGUGUGUUAUCGUCAAGUGGUCUAGAUCGGAGAUUGCUGUCUCAAUCUCAUGUUUUAUGAUAAUGUUUUUGGUAGCAUUUUGGCUACGGUUUGUGAGUAAUGUAGUGCUCACGUUUUGGCAUAUUAAACGAUUGUAUAUCAUUCAAUAUCAGUACGUUGUCGUUACUGGGACAUUUAACAAUCGGAUAAAAAUAAUAAGUUGGUGAAUAAUGAAUUUUGGGAUAUUUAAGUUAAGUGGUUAAAUGUUGGUGAACAUGAAUUAAAUGGUUAUCGUAAAAGUAAAAUCACUGAGCAAGUUUAAAACAUAUUAAUUCAUAGUUUUCAUAUUAAUGAGUUUUGCUUAACUUCUUUUUUAUUUAAUUAAUUUUACGGGAAUAAGUGUGCUCAGGUUACUUUUAUUAUUUUAGGUCUACACGUCACCUUCUCUACUUUGGAGUCGCCCAAGCGCCCAGUUGUUUUACAAGGUGUUUAUUCUAUUUUUAUGAUUUAUUUUGAUUAUUUUGGACUAUUUUGAAUUUAUUUAACGUAUUAAAAAUUAUAAAAUUAUUUAAAUGAUGCUCACAGGUUUUAACUAUUAUAAAAAUGUAUUAGUAAAUAAAUUUUGUACUUUCCC